CGCAGGCGCCUUCCAGUCUCCGCGCCUGCGCCCCUCGGCAACCUCACUCCCGCAGCAUGAAGGUAUUUCGGCGCGCUUGGCGGCAUCGGGUGGUGCUGGGCCUAGGCGGCCUGGCGUUUUGCAGCACCACUCUGUUGUACUUGGCGCGCUGCGCUUCUGAGGGCGAGACGCCCUCCGCUUCUGGAGCCGCUCGACCCCGCGCUAAGGCCUUCCUGGCAGUGCUUGUGGCCAGUGCGCCCCGCGCGGUCGAGCGCCGCACCGCAGUGCGCAGCACGUGGCUGGCACGAGAGAGGCGUGGCGGACCCAAGGACGUGUGGGCGCGCUUCGCCGUGGGCACUAGCGGCUUAGGCUCAGAGGAGCGGCGUACUCUUGAGCUCGAGCAAGCACAGCACGGGGACCUGCUGCUGCUGCCCGCCUUGCGCGACGCCUACGAGAACCUCACGGCCAAGGUUCUGGCCAUGCUAACCUGGCUGGAUGAGCACGUGGACUUCGAGUUCGUGCUCAAGGCGGAUGACGACUCUUUUGCGCGCCUGGACGCUAUACUGGUGGACCUACGCGCACGUGAGCCCGCACGCCGCCGGCGCCUCUAUUGGGGCUUCUUUUCCGGGCGCGGGCGUGUCAAGCCGGGAGGUCGCUGGCGAGAAGCUGCCUGGCAACUCUGCGACUACUACCUGCCCUACGCUCUGGGCGGUGGGUAUGUCCUUUCUGCGGACCUGGUGCAUUACCUGCGCCUCAGCCGCGAAUACCUGCGUGCGUGGCACAGUGAAGACGUAUCGCUGGGCACCUGGCUGGCACCAGUGGAUGUGCAACGGGAGCACGACCCACGCUUCGACACGGAGUACAAAUCUCGAGGCUGCAACAAUCAAUAUCUCGUGACACACAAGCAAAGCCCAGAGGACAUGUUGGAGAAGCAACAGAUGUUGCUGCAUGAGGGCCGGUUGUGCAAGCAUGAGAUGCAAUUGCGCCUUUCCUAUGUCUAUGACUGGUCAGCUCCACCCUCCCAGUGCUGCCAGCGCAAGGAGGGCAUUCCCUGAUGUCAUUGCAGGUGCAGUGGUCUCUCCUAACACAGGCCAAGCAUCCUAAACAAUCUGAUAAAUUAUCUGGGGUGAGCUUGGUUUAUCCAAUUGCUGUUGAGACCUUGGGACUGAUGGCCAGAGACAACUAACAAUGUCUAGUCCACUGGGUGUGCUCAGUAUUAGUGGUCUGGUGUAAGGCCUACCCAAUGACAUCUGGUUAUGGAUGUGGAGAUUGCAUCUGCGAGCGCAUGGGCGCACACACACACACACACACACUGACCUGUGUAAUGCCACCUAUCAGCCAUCUGGAGUGUGAGGGAAGGGCCUCCUCACUUGAUGAGCUUAGAGUGCCCUCAUUCUGCAAACUCUGCAGCUCACUGCCCAUCUUGAUUGUUCUGCACAGCCUAACCUGCAGACUGUUGAAUUCAUCUCAAAAUGUUACUCGUCAAAGUUGUCUUUGUAUUGUUCGGACAAAGUUCCAUUCUGUUGUGUCUCCUGUUUUUAUCUUUUGUCAUGGACAAGUAUGAGGUUUGACUUGAUUUUCAAGUCAACUAGCUUAGAAUUUUUGUCUCAGUGGAUAGAGGUUGGUAAAUAUAAUGCAGUUUGCUUAGACCUAUUUAUAAAUAUUGUAUGCUUGUAUAGAUAAGAAUUUACAGAGGCAGGCAAAUCUCUGAGUUCAAGGCCAGCCUGGUCUACAGAGUGAGUCCAGGAUAGCCAGGACUAUGCAGAGGAACCCUUAAAUUUUUUUAAGUUGGGAAUGCACGUCUUAAUUUAUUUUUAACUACUUAAGAAAAAUACUUGUGUCAGAUUUUGUAUCUGUGGAUUAAUCUGUCAACAGCCUAGGUGGCCAACCCCACUUCUGGGUGUGUUUAAAGCAUAGAAGAAUGUUUAAACUAUCCAUUUCUCUUUCAGGUUUACACAUAAAUCAGUCCUUUUGUGUGUUUGUUUGUUUCUGAACAGACAUGACUUUUAAAGCUUUUCAGGGAGUGUGAGCGUAUGGACUGUAAGGCGCUUGGGAUUAGAAUGUCCACACAAAGUUUGUCUUUCAAAGUGGUUUAUUCACACCAACAUUCUUUACAAUAUCGUGCUAAUAUAAAAGUUAACAGCUGUCUCACCAAGCAGGUUCCACCGUGUAAUCUCCAGCGAAUACAUUUCAGAAGCUUCUCAGCCUCCACCCACUGUCAAGUCCUUCAGUUAUAAUUGUGGCAGACCAGAAGGAGGUCCUUGAGAGUGUAAGCAUGUGGCCAGUCAAUGGCGGGCUUAAGUGGGCUGAGUAACAGCACCUGAAGUUCCGGGUUGACUGAGGCCAGGGCCACCAAGAGAGUCUCAAGUCCCUUAGGUAUCAACAUGGAGGGUAUGGAAUCCUUGUCACAGGAACAUUGACAGUAUGAUCCUACAGACCAUCCCCAGUGUUCUCAUUUCAUUGGGCAGACUGGUUCACUGCCAUAUCAGUGCCACCUUAAGGUUAGUUCAUUAGCAUAUCAAGAUCUAUCUUGGACUGCAGGGUGGGCUGCCAGUGGACUUGCUUCUGAGGUGCAGCUCUUGUCAAAGCUGCCUAGUGGCAAACUCAAGCAUUAUUUCAAAUCACACAAGAAGGCCUUUGAGUUACACAACAUGGUUUUAAAACUAUGUUCCAUACAAGCUUCCACAAAGACCUUCAGAUUCCUAGUGUCUCAGCAAAGUUUCAGGGAUCCAAACCUGUGUUGAGGCUUCCUAGAUUCUCUAUUAAGGAAAUAAUAUUUGCUACCUAGCAUAGCACCCCAACCACACAAACUUUAACAAUAUUACAUAUCCCCUUUUAAUGUUUAAAAAAAAUAAGAGUAUACUUAGAAAAAUAUAAUAAGGUGGCUCCAGGAUAAAUGGACAACCUGAGCUGGCCUUGACCUCCAGCUUUGGAUGAUGUUGCAAUCUCUGCUAUUUUAAUGGGACUGAUGUUUGGGGUUUUGUUUUUAUGAGACAGGGUCUAGCUAUGUAGCCUAGACUAGAUUUGAACUCGACCCUGCCUAAUCUCCUGACUACUGAGAUUACAGGCAUAAACCACCAUACCUAGUUUACAUUAACUUUUUGUUUGUUUGAUCUGUAUAGCCUGAAGGUAUUCCCGCCUGGGGAACUGUGGAUGCAGAGAGACUUGCCCUGAUUGCCUGUCAUUAAUUUGCUUUUAAAAUUUCAGGCUGUAAACUUGAA